AUGUCAAAAGACAUCGCUAGCAGCGUGAUUAAAUGCAAGAAUGCUAGGCAGAUGUGGCUGGAACUGCAAGAGAGAUUCUCACCUGUGAACGUGGUUCAACUGUUCAAUAUCGAGAACGAGAUUCAUGACUGUGUGCAGGGAAGUAUGUCCGUGGGAUCUUACUUCACGAAAUUGAAGGGACUAUGGGAUGAACGUGACGCUUUGUGCACCUUCUCAAUCUGCACUUGUGGAUCUGUCAAAGAAAUGGCUGCAUAUUUGGACAUGCAGAAGACCAUGAAGUUCCUCAUGGGUCUCAAUGACUCAUAUGCAAGUGUUCGUAGCAACACUUUGCUGCAAGAUCCCUUACCCUCAGUGAACAAGGCGUACUCCCUAGUUCUGCGGCAUGAGAAGCAAUCGGAAGUGACAGCGGGUAAAGCUCAGGCACACCCGGAUGCGACCGUGUUUGUCGUGAAGAAUUCUAGCUGUGAAUCCGAAGGAGAAAAGGGUGAGUUGAAGUGCACCAAGUGCAACAAAACAAAUCACACUGCCAAGAAUUGCCGUGCACACCUAAAAUGCACGUUUUGCGGAUGGAAGGGUCACACAGCCGAUUAUUGCCGCAAGAAGAAGGCAGCGGCUGAGGCCGAGUUUGGUGCGAUGAUUUCCAAAGGGAACCAAGCAGCAACGUGUGUGAGAGAGAGGGAGGAGAUGCAAUUCCCCUUUACUGCUGAAGAGUGCAAACAGAUAUUGAGUGAGCUGCACAACAGGUCCUCCUCUGCUAAUCAUGUUGGUAAUUCUACAACCCAUGCCCUUUCAGGACCUACGUUCGGGGAUGAUGAUUGGGACGGGAAUUGA